AUGUAUUAUUUAUAAAAUAAAUAUUUUACUUAUUUAAACAUAAUAGCUUUAAUUCUUGUGAUUAAUUAACUUUAGAUAUCUGAGUUAAAUUAAAUUCUAAAACCUCAAAUAAUAUUUUAUUAAUUUUUACAUCUGAAGAUUAAUGUGCUUAUGUCAAAAAAAGAUAUUGAGAAUUUAUAUUUUGUAAAUGGAAAGAAAGUAUACUACAAAUAUAAGUUCAAAAAAUUGAAAUAUAUGCUUUAGCUAUUGAAACAUGUUUAAAGAUGA